AUGCAUCGACACUACUUUAAAACAAUCUUGGGCACGACGACCACUCUAUUGGCAGGAAGUUUGGGAUAUUUUGCUAAAAAUAGCGAACAUGAUAAUAACAAUGAAGAGAAUAAUUCAAUGAGGAAUAUGAUGAAUGUAAAUCAUUCGUUCAUGAUUCAGGCAGAAGACGUUCAAGAACAUUAUUUUCCCUUCCGAUCGGAAAGUGAAGAUUUAGAAUUGAUCAAGGUUCAAAUUAUUAAUCGACACGGAGCAAGAACACCCAUAAAUUCUCUUCCGAAUUACAUUGAUAGUACUCCUUGGAAGUGUCUACCUUUUGAGUCGAUUUCUGGAUUGGAUUAUGGUAAAUUUAAUACAAUUUUUGAAAAGGAUGGAUUGGAUUUGCUUGGAAAUUGUAUGAAGGGACAAUUGACUGAGGCAGGAGCUAUUCAAAUGUUUAAAGUUGGAGAACAUUUGAGAGAGGUGUAUUUUAAAAAGUUAUUUGCUAUUGAUGGUGACAAGGUGAUGGAUUAUAAGGAUAUUAUUAAUAGUAUGUAUGUGAGAUCGAGUGAUAUUAGAAGUAGAAGAACUGAAUUCUCACUCAUGUACUUGUUGCAAGGAUUUUUAGGAUCGAAUCAAGCAUACUAUCCAACUAUUCACAUGUAUGAAGAAGCAAGAGAAACAUUGUAUGGACACUUUAAGGUUUGUGCCAAGUUGGGUGGAAUAAUUUCGCAAAGAAUUAAGAAAUUGAAUGAAGAUGGAGAACAUGAUGCAGGUCUCCAAGAUAUCAAGGCAAGAUUGUUGGACUUGUUCUAUGCUAAUGAGAAGAAUAUUGUUGAAGAGCAACCACAGAGUCAACCUCCACACGAAAAGGGCUUGUUGGAAUCGAAGCAAAUUAGACAAGUCAGAGAUUUUCCACAGUGGGAAUCUUUGAAUAAUGCAUUUGCUGGAAUGUUGUUCCAUGGCCAUUCAUUACCAAAGGGAAUUACUGAAGCUGAUUAUGAUUACAUCAACAAAAGAGUUGGAGCAAGUGGAUUUGUACUUUUUGGUGGAAUGGAUUUGUUGAGAAUGAAUAAUGGAAUGUUGGUGAAGGAACUUGUUGAUUCAAUGAAAAAGUCAAUUGAUACAAGUAAGGAUCUUGAUCGUAGGAGAUUGGAAAUUUAUUUAGGACACGACACUACUCUCAUUCCAUUGUUGGUUACUUUGAACUUGUACGAUGGUGUUUGGCCUCCUUUUGCUUCAACAUUGGUUUUUGAAUUGUAUGUUAACAAGUUGAAACGUGGUCAACACUUUGUAAAGAUUGUGUUCAAUGAUAAGAUUAUGCAUUUUGAUGCAAAGGAUUCAAUUAUUCAAGAUGCUAAAUCAGGUUUAGUACCAUUUGAAGAAUUUGAAAGGAUUUUGAAACCUUACAUGGUCAAUUAUAAGGAAUGGAAAGAAUUAUGUAAAGUAAAUAAGUAA